AUGAUGCUAAGAGGUCAAAGUAUUGUACAGAGGGUUCAAUAUACCACGCUGGACCCCAAUGGGAAUUUGGUGUCGCAAGGGUAUCAGCCUGGGAGUGAGGGAAGUUGUGUCUCCACCAGUUCUAGUGGGCUCUCGUUGACUAGCCCUUUCCCCGCGGUAGAGUUCAAAGACACAAAUCGUCUAUACACUACGAAACAUCCCAACGAGGGGUUCCUUGAUGUGGAGUUGGAAGAGGUCCGUGGAUCAGACAAUGCGUUGGUUGAAGUGCCACGGUUUAUUGGCAGGGAGUUGCCCCUGCACUUAACGUUCACCAACCUCGGUUGUUGCAACGGUACGUUUUUCGAUGAAGGUUUGCUACCAAAGGGUGAAGUAACAAAGAGUAUGGUGCAGUUUAUAUAUGGACCCAGGGAGACACAGGAGAAUUUCCAGUCGAUACCAUUAGACACUCCAGUGGGCGCGGGAUCUGUGGGACCACGCACGCCCAGAGUUAACACUCCUGAUGAAAAUGGGAUGUUCUCAAUCCGGCUUACACCAUUAUUUGGAGCAGAUGAGGUGAGAAACCCCUUGUAUUUCUGUCCGAUAACGAGAUUGGCAGGUCCAAAUUCUCAGUUCGUGAUUUGCAGAGACUCGAAAAGGGUCAGGAGGGCCUUGCCAGUGGUUUCAAAGGAGUAUCAACCAAUCAUGUUCGAUUCGGUGGCUGUGUCAAGGUUACACGGUUACAUUAAGGUGGACAACUCAGGAUCCUGGUACUUACAAGACUUCAGAUCGAAAAGCGGGACUUUUUUGAAUCAUAAUAGAAUAACUCCAGCUCACACAGUGUCUAAGGAUAUUCUUCUUGAAGACGGCGAUAUCAUACAGUUGGGGAUAAAUACACCAACAACGGGGAACAAGAAGAACAGAUACGUGCGAAUGAAAGUGGAACUCAAUGACUCUUGGAAACAUGACCCCGUGAAGUUUGGGAAAGUACUUGAGGAAAGGAUGAACAACCUGACGGAGGAUACAAGACACGAGUUGUGUUCAAUAUGUUUGGAGGAGUGUAAACUUCAACAUCGGCUAUUUUUCGCCCCAUGUUCUCACUGCUGGCAUUCAGCGUGUAUCCAACCCUAUAUGAAUAAAGAUGUGCCACUUUUCACUUGCCCGAACUGUAGGUGCAUCUUCGAUUUGAGUGAGGAUGACAUAACGGAAAUAGCAGAAAUGUUCCAAAGAGAGAAGGGAAUAUUUUUGGAAAACACAAACGUUACAGUCCCAAAGAUUGGUCCAAGUGGGAGGAGGGGGACCGUCUGA